AUGUCUCGAAAGCAGGUCGACCAUGACUACACCCUCCGUAGUAUGAGCAACCUGAUGGGGGAGCGCUGGAAGAGGAGCGACGGAGGCGAGCGGAGCCUCAUCAAGGCUCCGUCCAACGCCAGCAUCAGCAGCCAGGGCGUCUCCGCCGCAGGUGCUCCGGCUCCAGCCGCCUCCUCCUGCGCCUCCACCGGGGACCUGGAGAGGGCUGCCCGCAAGCAGUUCCAGCAAGAUGUCACGCCCGGCUUCGUCUACGUCCUGGCGGCGUUCUCCGCUCUCGGCGGGUUCCUGUUCGGCUACGACACCGGGGUGAUCUCCGGGGCGAUGCUGAUGCUGAAGCGGGAGCUGGAGCUGAGCGCGCUGUGGCAGGAGCUGCUCAUAUCGAGCACCGUGGCGGCGGCGGCGCUGUCCGCGCUGCUGGGCGGCUUCCUCAACGGGCUGUUCGGGCGCAGGGUCUGCAUCCUGCUGGCCAGCUUCUUCUUCACGGUCGGCGGGGUGGUGCUGAGCAGCGCGCCCGGGAAAGAGGCGCUCCUGGCCGGGAGGAUAAUCGUAGGAGUCGGGCUAGGUGUGGCUUCCAUGACGGUUCCGGUGUACAUCGCCGAGGCGUCGCCGCCGCACCUCAGGGGUCAGCUGGUGACCGUGAACACGCUCUUCAUCACGGGGGGACAGUUCACCGCCAGCCUCAUCGACGGCGCCUUCAGCUACAUGCAUCGAGGUGGAUGGAGGUACAUGUUGGGUCUGUCCGUGCUUCCCGCUAUGCUCCAGUUCUUGGGAUUCCUCUUCCUGCCGGAGAGCCCCCGCUGGCUAAUACAGCGUGGGCUCACCCAGAAGGCCCGCCGUGUACUCAGCCAGAUCCGAGGCAACCAGAACAUCGACGAGGAGUACGACAGCAUCAAAAACAGCAUAGAGGAAGAGGAGAAGGACAGCGGGGGAGAUGGCCCCGUGAUCUGGCGGAUGCUGACCUACCCGCCGACUCGACGAGCUCUCCUGGUGGGCUGCGGGCUUCAGAUGUUCCAGCAGCUUUCUGGAAUCAACACGGUCAUGUACUACAGCGCCACCAUCCUGCAGAUGUCGGGGGUGCGAGACGACAGGUUGGCGAUCUGGCUGGCCGGUCUCACCACCCUCACCAACUUCCUGUUCACCCUCUUGGGGGUGUGGCUUGUAGAGCGGGUGGGGCGCAGGAAGCUGACUUUGGGCAGCAUCCUAGGUACCUGUUUGAGUUUGAGUGUUUUGGCCAUCGGUUUUCUCACAUCUGCCCAGCACAGUCCUCCCGUCACAUUCCACCCAUUAGACCCCGACAUCGCCAACUCAACAUGCUCCAAGUACCAACUGUGCGAGCCGUGCAUGCUGGACCCUCGCUGUGGUUUCUGCUACCGUGAGAACGGCUCGGCGCUCCUCGCCUCCUCCUGUGUCCCGGUCAAUAAGGGCUCCACGGAGCACGCGGCGUGGGGCAGAUGCUCCAACUCCAGCUUGAUGAGGGAGCACACCUACUGGGCCUACAACUACUGCCCCACUUCCUACUCUUGGCUCGUUCUGUUGGGUCUGGUGCUUUACCUGGCUGCUUUCGCUCCAGGUAUGGGUCCGAUGCCAUGGACGAUUAACUCAGAGAUCUAUCCACUGUGGGCGAGGAGCACAGGGAACGCCUGUGCCGCCGGCGUCAACUGGACCUUCAACAUUCUGGUGUCCCUCACCUUCCUCCACCUGGCUCAGUAUCUCACGUACUACGGAGCUUUCUUCCUGUACUCCAGCCUGGCCUUGCUGGGGUUCGCCUUCGUUUACGGCUGCCUGCCAGAAACCAAGUCCCGACGCCUAGAGGAGAUUGAGGCGCUGUUCGAGAACCAGCUUUGCUCCUGUGGCGUGUCUGAUUCGGACGAGGGACGGCAGGUCGAGUACAUUCGCGUCAAAGGCUCCAAUUACCACCUAUCGGAUAACGACGCAUCAGACGUGGACUAGCUAGC